AUGGUUGUAAAAAUAUUCGCCAAUCUUUUGAUUACCACAGGAACUGUCUUUGCUAGAUCUUUAGCAAUGGCCUAUAAACAAGCUAUAGCAAGAGCCGAAUCAGGUGGUGCACAAACAGCUAGCGAUUUACUUAAAGGUGGUAAAGUGAAUGCCGUUAUGUCUACAAUGGAGGCAAAGAAGAUAUUAGGUUUAGAGUCAAAGACUGGUAUAACAAUAGAAGACGUUACAGAGAAAUAUGACGAUUUAUUAGAGACAAACAAACCAGAAGAUGGUGGAUCAUUAUACGUUCAAAAGAAAAUUAUGGGUGCAAAGAUUUGUUUGGAAAAUGAAUUGAAUAAUGGAAAGGAAAUAUAA